CAAAAUAGUUGUGUAUAGUGUUUAUUCUAUAUGUGAACAUUUUCAAUAAAAAAAAAUAAAAGCAUUUUAUUAAAAUAACUAUAGACGAUUUUUAAUUCUGGAUAAGUUGGAUUCAAAAUAAAGUUUCAACAGAAAUAUUAUUCAAAUAUUUGAUUAAUAAUAAUUGUCAAUCAUGUCUUCGUGGAAGAAAGCUGCCAAAACUGGUCAGAAAACACAUCGUGAACGCCAUCAACCUGAGUCUCGAAAGCACUUGGGACUUUUAGAAAAGAAAAAGGAUUAUGUCGAAAGAGCAAAAGAUUAUCACUCGAAGCAGGACCAAUUAAAGGUUCUGAGAAAUCGAGUAUUGAACAAAAAUCCCGACGAGUUUUACUUCCAUAUGAUAAAUUCAAAAAUCAGGGAUGGAAUUCAUCGAGAAAAGGACAAACCCGAGGAGCACACACCUGAUCAAUUGCUUCUGAUGGAAACUCAGGAUUUAAAAUACGUCGUCUACAAGAGGAAUAUGGAAGCGAAAAAAAUCGAAAAACUGCAGAGUCAAUUGCAUUUAAUCGAUGCUGCUAAUGAGACGAAAAAUAAGCACAUUUUCUUCGUGGAGGACGAAACGGAAGUGAAGAAUUUCGACCUUGCCAAAAAACUCGACACGCAUCCGGCGCUCUUGAGUAGAAGGACCAAUCGGCCGAGGAUAAGCAAUUUGAAAAAUAUGAAACUACCGGAUGUGAAUGAGGAAAUGCUGGCGAAAAUUGAACAGCAAAAGCAUAUGGCUUAUCGGGAAUUGGAUAAGAGGAUUGAGCGGGAAAGGGAACUGACGAUUGUUCAACAAAAACUUGAAAUCAGGAGGGCUUUGAAGGACAGGAAGGUGACGAAACCGACGCAUAUUCGUCCGGCGACGAAACAUUCAGCGCCUGUUUAUAAGUGGAAAUUCGAAAGGAAACGAUGAUUUAAUCUCUGGAUGUUUAAAGUUAAUAAAUUUUUUACUGGGUAAAUUAA